CCAACAGAACUAUAAAACAGUAGGCGAUUUAAACUGAGAAUUUACGAAAUACUAUGUUAUUAUUUUUCAGAUUAUUGAUAAUUUAGAUACUUGAGGACCUAUUUGCUUCAUUCAGUUGAACAACACCAUAUUUAGUUUUCGUCUCCGUUUGUGUAGUUGGACAGCUCUCAGACGCUACUCACUUUGUAUCAUAUAACGGAAAAGACUCCCACAUGAUGAAGAUGGGAUUCUUUCGUCUUUGGUGCUGCUUGAUCUUGGUCAGUCACCAAACACACGGGACAAAGCCGAUUUAACUCCCCUUUACUAUGCAGUACUGAAUAACUCAAUAUCUUUGUGUGUUGAACGACUGCUGUUCGACCAUUCACCACUAGGCAUAUCAGAUGAAGCAGGCCUCCAAGAAAUACAUCAGGCCUGUCGAUUUGGUCGUGUACAACAUUUGGAGAUAUUACUUGCCUACGGAGCUGACAUUAACGUCCAAACUUCGAAAAAUGGUAACACUCCACUUCACAUAUGUGCGUACACCGGACAAGAGUCAUGUGCUCGUAUGCUGCUGUUUCGAGGUGCUGAUAAAGCUAUCAGGAACUUUAACGGUCAUACAGCCUAUGAACAAGCUAUGAUAUCUGGUAAUACAGAAAUAGCUGAUCUUAUAAAGAAUUUCAAUGAUCAGGAUGUUGUUCCCAUUCGCGAGUAUCCAAAACGUAACCAGCGCCGACGAUCAUUUUCAAGAGUGAGGUCACAUCAAAGGUGCUCCAGCAUGGGAAGAUUAAAUGACAUCUCAAAGCACAAACAAGGUCAUAAUGGUGUUGCUGAAUUAGAUAAUCUGACAACCUAUGAUCAAGAUCACUGUGAUACAUUGAAAGGAAAUUGUACAAAUAGAAGCAAUGCUUGGAUGAGUAACAGUAUUAGCGGUUACCACUUGAACUCUGUAAUAUCAGACUCCAUGGAAUUCAAUGAUAAUAAAGACAAUAUGCCAACUGUUCACGGUCGAAACCAUCACUUAGCGCAAAGUGGAUCUGCGUAUAAUCUCAACAGACAAGCAAAUAGUGUAAAUAAAAGGCUCCCUCAUACAGAAGAUCCUAUGCAUCAAAACCAUGCUUCCACCAUUAGAACGACACAAGGUCGACGUGAAGGGCGUUCAUCUACACCAGCAGCUUGUCAUUCUUCCGGUGAUUCGUUAAAAAUGAACCACGUGACUGACCGACACAGUACUUAUCGACCGACUUUGGACCUAGCUUGGAUGUCACAAAGUAAUGAAAACGGUUCGGAUACAGCAUCGAUCUUCAGUGUUAGCUCAUCUAUAAGAACUCCGUCUACCAACAGUGUCAAGAAUACGUCCGCAAUUUUACAGCUGUUACUAGCCAAUCGUGACAGUAUUGCUGAUUUGGAUACCACGAAUUUACCUAGAAUGAUUGCACUCCAGAGAGGAUCAAAUGGUUUUGGAUUUGUUGUACGUGGUAAAAGGGGUAUAUCUGGAAACUUUGUACCAACUCUUGAGUGUCCUGCGUCGCAGUAUUUGGAGAAAAUUGAACCGCACAGUGCAGCAAGUAGAGCCGGAUUAAAAGCGGGUGAUUUCAUAUUAGAGGUGAAUGGAAUCAACGUGACUACCAUGUCACACGAAGCUGUUGUUGCACUUAUCCGUGGAUCCAGUGAUAUUUUAGGACUGAAGGUAAUAACUGUAGAUGCGGAGCAGAUCAACACAACGCCUACACUGGAACACCAGUCAUUAAAUGGUAACCGAUUUUGUGAAUCCUCAGACAAUCUUUAUAAUUCAAAAACCAGGAAACACAACUACGAGCAUACUUUUUCAAAUGAUUGUAGCAAUUCACCUGAAACAAACUGGUCCAUAAAUAUUGAUAAUAACUGUAGAACUAUUUGCAGAGAUUCAUUUCAUAAAACGGAGAACUGCUCCACAAGACAGUCAAACAAGUUAGGGAACAAGCCUCUGUUGAAUGGCUUUGUCUCAACAAAUAAGCUCACUACUAUUCGAAGAAAUACUGAGUAUACUGACAGAAAUGAAGUGUCUAAUCUGAAAUCUUCGCAAAUAUCACUGGCUUCAUAUAAAACACCCGUCCCUCCACCACUUGCCAGUAAACCAACACUGAACUGUGGUACUUUAACUAAAAUUGGACAGCAAAACAAUGUCAAGACUAUGGAAAGAAAAGAAGUGAACAUGUCAAUUAGUUCCAAUGAAAACUCCGGUUAUAAUGGAAGGAAUUGUGAAUCUGUAAAUGGUUUUCAAAACACGCCUAUUCAUCCACCUCCACCAUUGUUGCCUACAGUUUCCUCGAGUGUUUCCACUUCAAUUCCACCACCUCCACCAAUUUUCACUCCUGCCAUAAAAAGUACACCAACAAUAAAACCUGAAAUUCCUACAGGAAUUUUGAAAAAAAGUUCAUCCGCUUUAAACGAAUUGACAGAAGUAUCGAAGCUUUCAAAAAAUUCACCGGAUAACCGAAGUCAAGAUGACUGGUCAGAUCAACUUUCACUUCCACCUCCACCGCCUCCGGAUGAAUUUGAGUUAAAUACAACUGAGAAGGAAAUACAGCCACAGUGUGUUAAAAAUAAUUACAAUAAUGGCCAAGAAACUUGCAAAAUACAGUCGUCUCCGAAGGCAAGUAAACUUUCAUCUUUUGAGGAUAAUUUGAGAAAGGCAGUUGCUCAGCGUCGUCGCAUGAUAGAAAUGGCUUCAGAAGACGAAGAACAAGACUUUGAGCCCAUGCAUUACAAAAGCUGUCAAAGUACAUUGUACACUGAAAGUACAAUCAAAACUACAAAACAGCAAGAUGAUUCACCUCCACAAAAUGAAAACUCGUUUAAAUUAGCUGCAGAAAAAUUCCACCAAAAGGCAUUAUCACGUAAUUUACCGUCAAAUGGUACUAUUCCACCUCCUGAAAAAUUUAAAGAUUCUAACAAGAUUUUCAGCAAGUUUGAUGGUAACACAGAAGCUAAAAUAGGAAAUAAACCAGUGUUACCACAGUGGCAGUCUUCCUUGAUGAGAAAUUCAAACAAAACGCAAUAUUCAGUAAAUGCUGAAGAAAAAAUCUCUAAUGGUGUUAAAGCAAGUGAUUCGUAUUUAUCAAUAAAAAGUUUCCAAAAUAACGGUACUAGCGAUAAUAAUGAUAAUACACGUUCAGAUGUUAUGCUUAAAGAAGUGACAACAUUUAAACAGAACACAACUUCUCAUCCUACAAAGGUGAUGGGAAAUAAUACAGCUCCUCCACCACCACCACCACCCCCACCGCUGCUUUUUGUCGACACCCAAAAGUAA